CAAAGUUUUUGUUUUUAUUAAUUAGGAUUCUUGUUAAGGUGUCUUAACGAUUCUUUAUUGUAUAAUUAUACUUAUCCUGUGAAACUUGGCUAAUAAUGAGUGAAGAAAGCUGUGAAGAGAGACAAAAUAACGAAAUGGUCGCAUUACAGGCAAUAUAUGGAGAUGCAGUGGUUGACAUUCGUAAAAAAGCUGUUUGGAGUGAGUGGCGUCCAUUAGACAUACUAUUAACAUUGUUGCCCCUGCACAACUCAGAAGGGGUACACUGUUCAGUCACUCUUCAGUUAAAAUGUUGUCAUAAUUAUCCAAACAAACCACCCACAAUUUCAAUCAAUAAAAUGUUCGGUCUAUCUGAUGAAAAUGCCGCAAAACUUAUCUCAGAUCUUAAGAAAAUAGCUGUUGAUUUAUGCGGGGAAGUUAUGAUAUUUCAACUAGCUCAGCAUACACAGCAAUUUUUGCAUGACCACAAUAAACCUACACUUUCAUUUUACGAUGAAAUGCUGAAACAGAAGACUGAGAUGGAGAAAUUGAAACAACAAGACAUAGAACUUAAGGAAAAUGAAGAGCGGAAAAAAAUGAUGGAUGAAAUACAGAGACGACAGGAAACAUUAAGGAAUUCUGCUAGAAGAGUACACAGGUCCAGUCUCAGCCAAGAACAGCCAGUUACGGAAGGGCAGGGUGAUGCUCCUAAACUCUUAUAUUACGCAGACGAAAGAAUGUCACCCGCUAAGAAAAUGACACGCGGUACGAACGUACCGUGUACGUGCAACUCUCGUGGUGCGUACGUCCUGAGGUAUACGCAACGCAAUAACAAAAAGGUUUAUAUUGGCAAUUGUUUGGGCCACUCGUCCAACGGUUCCACAACGUACCUCGCAAUUGACGACGACGGUCAGCAAGUGAUCGCCAAAAAAUGGUGCCUUUCGCCUGCCUCGGAUUUCCAGACUCGGAACAGGCAACUGAACUCGCUCCAGCAAGAUUUAAAAGCCAUGUGCAGAUUGAAACACCGCGCCCUCAUCCCAUACGUCGCUAUGGAAACUGAAUCUAAGAAGUCGGCCCGUCAAUUCGUCUACAUCUUCCGAGAUUUCGUUUUGGGCAGUUCGCUGAAAUACCUCAAGAAUAAAAGUUCAUUUGGUGAUAUGUUUGAAGUGUUAAAACUAGUGAGACAUGUCGCGUUAGGACUGUUCAGUGCGUUAAAGGAGUUGCAUAGUGUUAAUGUGUUGCAUAGAGAUGUGAGGUGCGAAAAUGUCUUUCUGGAAGACUGUGGGACUGUGAAGUUGGUCGGGGCAAGUUUGGAUAUACGUUUGUUGGAGGUGUAUGAUGGGGAGAGUUAUUGUGACCGGCAAACAAAAGCUCAGGACAUCUACGCCGCAGCGCAAUUAUUGCUGUCAAUAGUAUGUCCCGAGGCAAUACAUGAAAUACCCUCCGAUUUUCCUGGUUCAGCCAAAGACUUCUUCUCUAGAUGUUUGACAGAGGACGAGCAUUCACAAUGGCCGGCUGAGAAAUUGGUACAGCAUGGGUUUUUAGUUGACGCACCAGUGAAGUUACCUAAUAGUAAGGAAAAUAAUGGAGAAAAUGAGUCUGAGGACGAAGGUUGCAAUACUAAAAUAAACAGUAUAAACUCACAAGUGAACGGACAUUCACGGUUGAACGCAGAGUUUGAAGUUCUCACGUGGCUCGGUAAGGGUGCUUUUGGGGAUGUGUUGAAGGUAAAGAACAAAUUGGAUGGCGGCUUCUACGCAAUAAAACACGUGAAACUUAAUCCCAAAAGUGUUGAAUUGAAUAAAAAAAUAACCCGCGAAGUGAAGUUAUUGUCGCGGCUAAAUCAUGAAAAUGUCGUCAGAUAUUAUAAUGCCUGGAUUGAGACUAUUAUUGACACGGAGAUAGAAGACACGAGCGUUGAAACAACGCCGGUUAAACGGAAAGGGGAUAGUUUGCUUGAUGUUGUAGCUAAACUUGGACAGGUCAAAGUAAAUUGGUCUAUGUCGGACGGGCCAGUCCAGACUCGGGACAGUGAGUCAUCGAGUGAAGAAGAUUCUGACGAUGAUGACGAUGAACCGGAUCUCUGGUUUAAUAUCAUGAAUCCCGAUGAAGACUCAAGUAGUGUCAUAGAGUUUGAAGUUGAUUCUCAAAACAAGUCGUUAACAGCGCCAUCUGAAGACACGACGAUAUCGGUUGAGCCACGCCUACAACAGGUGCUUUACAUACAAAUGGAGUUCUGCGAGAAAAACACUUUACGACAGGCUAUAGACAAUUCGUUACAUCGAGAACAUUUUCGCGCUUGGAGGCUGUUUCGAGAAAUUUUAGAAGGUUUAGCUCACGUCCACCAAAAAGGCAUGAUACACAGGGAUUUGAAGCCGGUCAACAUAUUCUUGGACUCCAACGAUCACGUCAAAAUUGGAGACUUCGGACUCGCUACGAAGGUCUUCACUGGAUUACCUGUUAAUGAUAAAACUCAAGACAACAAGGUCACUGAUGGACUUCUCACGGGAAAGGUGGGAACGACACUGUAUGUGGCACCAGAACUGGAACAGUCCGCCACAAAAGUUAUAUACAAUCAAAAAGUCGAUAUUUACUCCCUCGGAAUAAUUCUAUUCGAAAUGUUCCACGCGCCAUUUGAAACUGGCACCGAAAGGUUCACGGUAUUAACCAAUUUGAGGAAAAAUGAUGUGAUGCUGCCCCCGGAUUUUGUUAAGGAGGCGAAUGCUAAGCAGAUUCAUGUUAUAAGAUGGCUGUUAGACCAUGACGCGGGUUUAAGACCGACCAGCGCAGAAUUAUUGGCAAGCGAACACGUUCCUAGAGCGGUUCCCGAAGGAGCGCUGUCCGGUCUUUUGUCCCAUACCCUGUCAGACAGGGGCUCCAGGGGAUACCAAAGACUCGUCACAGCCUGUUUGGAGCAGAAGCCAUCGCCUGCUGAAGACUUUACAUACCACAGUGCGAUGAAAACGAAACCUAUGGAAGUUAUCGGUGCUGUUAAAGAUGUUAUUACCAAGGUAUUCAGAACUCACGGAGCGAUAGAAUUUUCACCCCCCCUCCUGAUCCCGCGAGCUAAGAGAUGGGACCAAUGUCCCAAUUCCGUGAAAGUUAUGACCAUGUCUGGUUCCGUCUGUCAUCUGCCGCACGAUUUAAGGCUCCCUUUUGCCAGGCAUAUAGCAUAUUCGGGAUCGAAAUAUAUGCGUCGAUAUAUAGUGGACCGCGUUUAUAGAGAAACUGAGAGGACUGUAAAGGGAUUCCAUCCAAGGGAAAUUAUAGAAUGCGCUUUUGAUAUGGUCACACCGAAUAAUGACACACUAUGGCCUGACGCAGAACUUUUAGUUGUGGCGUGUCGAGCAGCUACGGGCUCCUCCUCCUCUCUUAAGGUCACCCUACAAUUGAAUCAUACAGAGUUGUUAAAAACAUUAUUGUUAUCCUGUGGUGUGCCAUUGGACAAGCACGCUUUGCUUUAUCCUGUGCUCGUUGAUGUCAGUUUGGGUCGCAUAACAAACCUCCAACUCCAAACCCAUUUAGCCACGCUCUGUGUGACAAAUCGGGACAUCACCAACCUCUUGCGUCUCAUGGAGGCUGAUGUAGAUGUCAAGCAGGUGAGAGAGCUGGUGGCACAAGUGAGAAGAGAUCGAAGUGAGACAUUGGAGAGGGCUGUGGGAGAGUUGGAGACUGUUUGCAGUUAUGCUGUUGUUUUGGGGUGUGAGUGUCCAAUAACAGUUGCUCCAUUCCUCGCUUACAAUGCGACGCAGCAUCGCGGCGUCUUUUGGCAGAUGUCAGUUUUGAGACAACCUAGAGUGGCCAAACAUCGCUCUAAAGAUCUUAUAGCUGCUGGUGGACGAUAUGAUAACUUGGUAGAGGAGUUUCGGAAGAUCGCUCGAGCAGAAAAAGACCACGAUGGUGCCGAAAUGAAUUGCAGUUCAGUCGGAUUCUCGAUGGCGUUAGAAAGAAUGGCGGCCAUUUUGAAAUGUUUAGAGGUGGAAGUGCCUCCCGUUGUGAAAACGCCCGAGCACGAACUAAUAUGCGUAUGCGUAACGAGCGCGUACGAGAACGUAACCACAAAUCGCGGUCAGCUCGCACGCGAGUUGUGGACGCAAGGCUACAGGGCGGUCGUCUGGCCCUGCAGUGCGCGGGAGUCGCACGAUCUGACGAAGGCCUCUAUAGUGCUGGUGCAGGACGGGAAUUACGUAUUUGUGUCGUAUUGGGAAGGGACUAGAGUACGUGAAUACAAAGUACAAUUUACUGAUGUCAUAGAUUUCGUGAAACAAAAACUUAGUCCCGAAACAUCAAUACGGAAUCCUGAGUAUGGUAGUCGGUCGGUAAGUUGGAGUGAAAGUGACAGGACGAGCGGCCCCUGUAUCUCUGUCACAUUCGUGAAAGCUUCAGAGAAAAUCACCAAAAACUGUAAACGACAUUGUGAAGUGCAGAUAAACAACCAAGUAACCACAAUCCUCCAGCACCUGGGGGUACAGAGCGCGGGCCGCGUGCGCGUGAGUGUCCUAGCGCUCAGCUGCGAGUCCGCGUGCGUACGCUUGCUUUGCGCGCACCUGUCCGCACCCUUACACGUGCAUUACUUGCCGCAUGCGUUUCGGCCUGUCACUGAUAGGUUUCCCAAGAGACAAGAUGUCCUCGAAGAAGCCCUACACGAGUUGACGAAUCUAGUGAAGCAAGGCAACCAAGGCCGGGCGAUGGACGAAAUACAACUUUACGCACUUUAUUCCAUACCGGAUUCACUAUGCAGGAUAAUUACUUGAUAUUUUUGAAUUAAUGUUAAGUUUUAACUCCCCCCCCCCUCUAAUAAUUUUUCAUAAGCCCUUUUAGACAAUUUGAUACAAGCUCUUUUAUUGUCUCGUCCCUAACUAAGUUAAGACGUUUAACGUUUAUGGAAACAUAGAUUAUAGAACGUAUACACAAUUUUGUUGACGUAUAAUCUUAGUACUAGGGUAGCAUAUACACUGAGGAAACUAAUUCAUUGAAA